CACAGCUCCACGUUGUACGCGUCGCAACCUUCCACCAUGGCGCGCGACUCACGAUGUAGGAGCCUAAGACAAGGCCUCCUAUACCUUUUGUUUGUUCAAUUGUCCCUCGUAAGCGCGCAGGUCGCCGAAAUUGAGAAAGCAAGCAAUGACAGCUUGCUUUGGGGCCCCUACAGGCCGAACCUGUACUUUGGCGUCCGGCCAAGGAUACCCAAGAGCUUGAUGGGAGGUCUACUGUGGGCUAGGGUCGAGGAUUACAACGGCGUGCAGCAUAACUUCAGGCACACCUGCGAACAACAUGAGCUCGAUGGCUACGGGUGGGAUGAAUACGAUGUGCGAACCGGCGGCCGACAGACUAUCCAUGACCCUGCGAACCGGAUCGAUAUCACGACCGAGUUUAUAAAAUUCCCGGGCGGACAGCAUGGAGGAAGCUGGGGAGUCAGGAUAAAGGGCACGCCACGGGAGGAUGCGUCGGCCGAUUUGAAGACGACGGUCGUUUGGUACAACACGCUAGAAGGGCUGGGCAGUCUGGAGGCUGAGGGAGACGACGAAGAGACGGGCGCUGAGGGUGACAUAGUGCUUAAGGGGCAGACGCUGGAGCUGGGCGACUUUGAGGUCAAGGUCACGGAGGGCAAGGGCGAGCAUCCGCAGACGGGCCAUCCGAGCUACCAAGAGAAGCCGCUGGACCGGACGCUGGUGCACAGCGUGCAGGUGCCGAACGAGGCCCUGUGGCAGACGAAGGCAGUGCUUUUUGCGCAGCUGAAGAGCGAGAUCGACCAAUUGCUUCCGAAAUAUGGCGAGGAGAAUCCGCCGCCGCCCGCACAGCUAUACACCAUCCUACAUAAGCCAGGACGGGGGAACCUGCACAUGGUGCAAAAGGUGUUUGAGGGACCGUUCGAGUUCGACGUUCUCUUCUCCUCUGCUUCUGCCCCUAAGCCCAUUAAAUCGGAGGACCUUACGACGCAGAUUAAGUCUGUUACGUCAGGCAUCGCUACCCGAUUCACGGAGAUCUUCAAGCCGCAGCCUCCUUUCCUCAAAGAGCGAUACGAAGAGUUCUCGAAGUCGUUGUUCUCCAAUCUCAUCGGCGGUGUUGGCUACUUCUAUGGCGAUUCCCGCGUGGAUCGCUCCUACGACCCCGCCUACGAAGAGGAUAACGAGGGUUUCUGGGAGGACGCAGCUGAGGCGCGAGGCCGGAACGCUGCGCAAUUUGAGGGUCCGUCUGAGUUGUUCACCAGCAUUCCAUCUCGACCUUUCUUCCCGCGCGGCUUCCUGUGGGACGAGGGCUUCCAUCUUUUGCCUGUCAUCGACUGGGAUGUUGACCUCACUCUUGACAUUAUCAAGAGCUGGUUCAACCUGAUGGAUGAAGAUGGUUGGAUUGCACGCGAGCAAAUCCUCGGCGCUGAAGCUCGCAGCAAGGUGCCACCGGAGUUCCAGGUCCAAUACCCACACUAUGCCAAUCCACCCACGCUCUUCAUGGUACUCACAUCUUUCCUUGACAAGCUUGAUGCGGUCAAGUCAGAUACCAGUAACCAAAAGGUCCUCGCCGAGAAGUCGUACUACAUGCAGCUCGUCAACCGCGAAGCAGCGCUCCAGUACCUCCGCACGUUGUAUCCUCUCCUGAAGCGGCACUACUUCUGGUUCCGUAAGACGCAGGCAGGCGACAUCAAGAGCUAUGACCGCGAAGCUUUCUCUACUAAGGAAGGAUACCGUUGGCGAGGCCGCACACCGCAGCACAUUCUCACAUCCGGCCUGGACGACUAUCCCCGCGCGCAGCCACCGCAUCCGGGAGAGCUACACCUGGACCUGAUUAGCUGGAUCGGCAUGAUGACCAAGUCUAUCAAGCGCAUCGCCGUCUACCUCGACGAACAAGACGACGCGGCUGAGUUCGCGAAGCACGAAGAAGCCAUCACCCGCAACCUCGACGACCUCCACUGGUCCGAGAAGGAGAAGCUCUACUGCGAUGCCACGAUUGACGACUACGAAGAGAACAAGCUCGUCUGCCACAAGGGCUAUAUCUCGCUGUUCCCGUUCUUGACCGGUCUGGUCGCCAAAGACAGCCCGAAGCUCGGCGCUAUUCUGGAUCUGAUCGGCGAUGCGGAAGAGCUGUGGAGCGACCACGGCCUCAGGAGCCUCAGCAAGAGCGACGAAUUCUACCACACGGAUGAGGACUACUGGCGCGGACCUAUCUGGAUCAACAUGAACUAUCUCGCCGUCGAACAACUCCUCAAAGUCGCGCAGGGAAAGGGCCCGCACCAGGCCCGCGCCAAAACGCUCUACUCAGACCUGCGCAAGAACCUCGUCCACACCGUGUACGAAUCCUGGAAGGAAACGGGCUUCGCGUGGGAGCAGUAUAACCCUGAGACGGGCAAGGGACAGCGCACGCAGCAUUUCACCGGGUGGACGAGCCUGGUGGUGAAGAUUAUGAGUAUGCCGGAUUUGGAGGGCGGGCGGGUGAGGGAUGAGCUAUGAGAGGGGAUGGGUAUGCAGUGGGACUUUCAAGUGUCUUUUUUUCGUUUGAGGGUCGACCAGGAGAGAAGGAGGUAAGGGGAGUUGGGGUGUGUAAGAUAUGAAAGAUGCCGGGUGGGAAAAGAGGAAUAGUGUGAAUAGCGCAAUGGGACUUGUUCUUG